AUGUCCGAUACCGAUGAGAUACGCGACCGUGAGAAUUUUGUUAUUGAAUACAACAGGCUUGCUCAGAAGAGGGACAGUCUCAAGGACCAAGAUCUCCAAGGCUUGGUCAGGCUGUGUGGGAAAAGCUUUCUCUACCUGCCGCCCGAGUACGCACCUGGGUCCUUAAUUCUUCCUACUUGUUUUCGUGCCACAGCGCAGUAUCUUGUACAACAUGCACCGGAGACUCGUGGCGUUUUCCGUAUUCCGGGGUCCGUCCGAGUCGUCAACGAGCUGUACGAGUUCUACUGCGCGGAACAGACCGGCGGUAACAUCGCAAACACAGUCCGAAGUCCGAAUCUGCCUACUCAUAUCAAUGUUGGGGUGCAUGACGUUGCAUCCUGCUUCAAGAAAUUCCUCGCGGGCCUCCCUGGUGGCAUCCUCGGGUCACUGUCUCUUUUCGAUGCCUUGGUCGCGAUAAACAGCCAGCUCUACUGUGACCCAGAGUUUAGCAGGACCAAACAGAGCAAGAUCCGUGCACGCCUAAUUGCCCUUGCUGUUGGAAGCUUGAGGUCACAAUUCAGAAGAGAGCUAAUAUGCGCCGUCUUUGGCCUCCUCUGCCUGUUGGGUCGAGCCGCCGAGAUUGCUCCCCGCGAGGACGACCACGGCCAUCCACUGCCUACUUCUGACCUGAUGGGCUACAACGCUCUCGGCAUUGUUUUUGGCCCUCUGCUGGUGGGUGACAUGCUGGGGUCGCACGCUGUCAAGCUUGCAGAUCCUAGCGCUGGACUUUUUCUCGUGGCAGAGUCGCCUUCAAUGAAAUCCAAGAAGGAGAAAAGGAAGUCAAAAGAGCAGACUGAGGACACUCAGCAGCCCUUCUUGGAGGUCGACAAAAUCCACGUCGCGAAUGACAUAACGGAAAUGCUGAUCACAAAUUGGAGAGACGUUGUCAGACAGAUGAGAACCUCAUGCUCUCGUAAGUAG